GCCAAGCAGGAAAGCGAAACCUACCAUAACUUUCGUUUCUUUAUCCGCUGCAUCCCUUCCUGAAGUAUCCGCACUUAGUUUCUGUCACACUGGAGUGGAGCAGCUGCUAUUGUAGACUCGUAACUGGCAAAACUCUUUAAAAAAACAACAUCGUUUAUUUACAGGAUUCCAGAAGUCAUCAUCAUGAACACUCUGAACCAACAGUAUGAGGAGAAGGUGCGUCCCUGCAUUGACCUCAUUGACUCUCUUCGCUCUCUGGGUGUAGAGAAGGACUUGGCGCUGCCUGCUAUCGCCGUCAUUGGAGACCAAAGCUCGGGGAAGAGCUCCGUGUUGGAGGCGCUGUCAGGGGUGUCUCUGCCAAGAGGAAGUGGCAUUGUGACAAGAUGUCCUCUCGAGCUGAAGAUGAAGAGAAGGAAAGAAGGAGAGGAGUGGUACGGGAAGAUAAGCUACCAGGACUUUAACGAAGAAAUAGAAGACCCUGCAGAUGUGGAGAAAAAGAUUAGAGAAGCUCAGGAUGAAAUAGCCGGGGUGGGGGUGGGGAUCAGUGAUGAACUCAUCAGUCUGGAGAUCGCUUCUCCUGAUGUUCCAGACCUGACACUCAUUGACCUGCCCGGCAUCGCCAGGGUGGCUGUAAAGGGACAAGAUGUGAACAUUGGAGAUCAGAUAAAGAGACUGAUCCAGAAGUUCAUCACAAAACAAGAAACCAUCAGCUUGGUGGUCGUUCCAUGCAACGUGGACAUAGCAACUACAGAGGCUUUGAAGAUGGCACAGGAGGUGGAUCCUGAUGGAGAGAGGACUUUGGGUAUCUUGACCAAACCUGACCUGGUGGACAAAGGCACAGAGGAGACGGUGGUUGAAAUUGUUCAGAAUGAGGUCAUCCACCUGAAGAAAGGCUACAUGAUCGUCAAGUGCAGGGGUCAGAAGGAGAUCACGGAUAAGGUGUCUCUUACUGAAGCAAUAGAAAGAGAGAAAGACUUCUUCAACAAUCACUUGAUUUUCAACACUCUCUACAAUGAGGGCCAGGCUACUAUUCCUAAACUGGCUGAGAAACUCACCCUCGAGCUGGUGCAUCACAUUGAGAGAUCUCUGCCUCGACUGGAAGAGCAGAUAGAGGAGAAACUGGCACAGACUCAGGCCGAGCUGGAUAGAUAUGGAAUUGGACCCCCAACUGACGCAGUGGAAAGAUUCUUCUUCCUCAUUGAUAAAGUGACGGCAUUCACUCAGGAUGCCAUCAGUCUGACUACAGGAGAGGAACUCAAGUGUGGAGAAAGAUUAAAUGUCUUUUCUACGCUCAGAAGUGAGUUUGGGAAGUGGAAUGCCCACCUGGAUCGCGCAGGAGAAAAGAGUAACGAGAAGAUUGAGACAGAGGUGGAGAAAUAUGAAGAGACGUACCGUGGAAGAGAACUGCCAGGCUUCAUCAACUACAAGACCUUUGAGAUUAUGGUCAAGGACCAGAUCAAACUGCUGGAAGAACCAGCUGUCAAGAAACUCAAGGAUAUAGGAGACGCUGUUAGGAAGGUGUUCAUACAGCUGGCCCACAGUAGCUUCAUUGGAUUUCCCAACCUCAUCAAAAUAGCCAAAACAAAGAUCGAAGCCAUCAAGCAAGAAAAAGAGUCCACCGCUGAAUCCAUGCUGAGAACCCAGUUCAAGAUGGAGCUGAUCGUUUACUCUCAGGACAGGACCUACAGCAGCAGUUUGAGUGUCAGGAAGAGAGAGAAGAAUGAGGAGGAGGAAGAUGAACUCAAAGUCCCAAAUGAGGAAAGGAGUAUUGUGUACUGCAUGGAUAAUUAUGCAACACUUCAGGAGCUGAUGCUGCACAUUAAAUCGUAUUACAAAAUUGCCGGCCAGCGUCUGGCCGACCAGAUCCCGCUAGUGAUCCGCUACCAGAUGCUGCAGGAGUCUGCCGCCCAGCUGCAGAGGGAGAUGCUGCUGCUGCUUCAGGAUAAAGAGAAUAUGGAGUUCUUGCUGAAGGAGGAUUGUGACAUUGGCAGCAAAAGGAUGAAUUUGCAGAGUCGCCUCAAGCGCCUCAUGAAGGCCCGUGCAUACUUGGUGGAGUUCUAGGUCAAGGCCUAGUGGCAUGAGUAUACUGAACCUCUUUUAUUUGUCACAAAGACUAUAAUUAUGGUUGUAGUUUUUACUGUGUCCAACGUAGAAUGGACACAUUUUCUCAAGCUGUGCCAUCUAAGUCAGAACAGCUGUGUGUGGGGAGUCUUUUUUAAAUGUACUGUAAAAUGGACUCAUAUUGUCUUUUUUUUUUGUAAGUCAAAUGCCUGUUAGUUAAUAUGGCAAAAAUAUAUCAUGGGAGCACUCCGUAUAUGUCACAUAUCAUGUUUCUGGUUCAGUUCCUGCCAGGGAACAUUGAGCCAAUAAUGCUUUGUCAUAGUUAGUUGUUAUUGACUGGACCACUUUAAACAAGAAAGUUUCAUACAAGUUAUAAUCAGGAACUUAAAAUGCAUAUUUUCUUUUACAUCUGUACAAUUGUAUUUGUUUAAAUAAAAGAUUUGACUUGAA